GGGGCGGGCUCAGGGAGUCGGGCACAGCCCGAGCGCGUCACCCCCUCGCGCUGCGGUGGUCGCGUUCCGCUGGCCCGUUUGGUGUCGGCCUACGCUGCUGCGACGCCGCGGAACAAUGGCUGUGCUCGUCGUGUUCCUCUCCCUGCUGGUGGCGGGUGUUUUGGGAAAUGAGUUUAGUAUAUUAAAAUCACCAGGGUCUGUUGUUUUCCGAGAUGGAAAUUGGCCUAUACCAGGAGAGCGAAUCCCAGACGUGGCUGCACUGUCCAUGGGCUUCUCUGUGAAAGAAGACCUUUCUUGGCCUGGACUUGCGGUGGGUAACCUCUUCCAUCGUCCUCGGGCUACCGUUAUGGUGAUGGUGAAGGGAGUGGACAAACUCGCUCUACCCCCAGGCAGUGUCAUUUCGUACCCUUUGGAGAAUGCAGUUCCUUUUAGCCUUGACAGCGUUGCAAAUUCCAUUCACUCCUUAUUUUCUGAAGAAACUCCUGUAGUUUUGCAGUUGGCUCCUAGUGAGGAACGAGUGUAUAUGGUGGGGAAGGCAAACUCAGUUUUUGAAGACCUUUCAGUAACCUUACGACAGCUUCGCAAUCGCCUGUUUCAAGAAAAUUCCAUUCUCAAUUCACUUCCCCUCAAUUCUCUGAGUAGGAACAAUGAAGUUGAUCUGCUCUUUCUUUCUGAACUGCAAGUGCUACAUGAUAUUUCAAGUUUGUUGUCUCGACAUAAGCAUCUAGCCAAGGAUCAUUCUCCUGAUUUGUAUUCACUGGAGCUGGCAGGUUUGGAUGAAAUUGGAAAACAUUACGGGGAAGACUCUGAACAAUUCAGAGAUGCUUCUAAGAUCCUUGCUGAUGCUCUGCAAAAGUUUGCAGAUGACAUGUACAAUCUUUACGGUGGGAAUGCAGUGGUAGAGUUAGUGACUAUCAAAUCAUUCGACACGUCUGUUGUGAGGAAGACAAGGACUAUCCUUGAGGCAGAACAGGCGAAGAGUCCAUCAAGUCCCUAUAACCUUGCAUAUAAGUAUAAUUUAGAGUAUCCAGUGGUUUUCAACAUGGUACUUUGGAUAAUGAUCGCCUUGGCCUUGGCUGUGAUUAUCACCUCUUACAAUAUUUGGAACAUGGAUCCUGGAUAUGAUAGCAUCAUUUAUAGGAUGACAAACCAGAAGAUUCGAAUGGAUUGAACUUUCCUUAUGCCAAACUUAGAAAAGGGGUUUGGAAAUUGGCUGUUUUCUUAAAAUAAGUCUUUUAGUGUAGUUUAAAGUAGAUAGUAUACUUUGAAUUUAUAAAAAAGCAAAUUUUCUUCUCUAUUUUGCGUGCCUGUGAUGUUCUUUUAAGAGUGAAUUAUAGUAUUGAUGUGAAUUGAUUUGUGUGAUGUAGAUCCCAUAAUAUGCUCAAAUAUUAUGAUAUAACCAUUUAAUAUAAUUUCAUUCCAUUUAAUAUCUAGAAAUAUGCACUGAAAUAAAUGUAAAACAUUUAGAAUAGUUCGUGCUAUUUAUGUUGGAAAAAUGCACUGAAUUUAUUAGAGAAACUUAUGAAUGCUUAACUUCCUUACACAAGAUAGGUGAAAGUGAUAUGUGGGCUGUUAAAUACUAUGAACCAUUUGUAAAUGUCUUAAUUUGAUGUAAAUAUCUCUGAAACAGCAGAAAAGGUUUUUACCUUGGGGCAGCCCUAAACCAUGAAUGCGCUGUACCGUGGCUUGGAUUUGAACUACAUCUGACUGACAGCAUGGCCGUUUUUUAACCUCUUCUGAAAGUCUGGUGAUCCGGAUAGUCUAGUGCGGAUAUUAAACAUAUUACAUUGAUCUCAAAGGAAACUAGCUUUGUGGAGUUAUAGAUGUUUGUAAUUAUACACACAAAAACAAAUAUUUGGAGGAAAUCUUGGCAUGAAUGUAAGCUCUUAUUUCAGUCGCUUCUCCCCCUGUGUACGUUACUGUUUGUGGUACAGCAUACAUAGAAUAUUACAUGGAAGUAGAUGCUCCCUGCUUUUCAUGUGGAAGUGGACCAGUGUCUAUAAAGAGUGGCAAAUAAAGUUAAUGAUUCCAAA